AUGACAACCAGCUCCAUAUUCAAUGCUCAGGACGUUUCCACGUGGACCUACCAAAGUCUCAAGACAUACGUGGAAAUCAGCAACAAAUACAAGCCCAAGGCAUACUUUCGGAACUUUUUCGGCUGGACGACAGAAGAGGCCAUCGAGGCAACAGAAUUCGUGAUUAGUGCCAUUGGAGAGCAAUCUGGAGGGCCUGGCUCUCUUCCUGGUAUUAACGCGGCGAUGUCAUCAGAACGGCAUCUGCUUCAAACUGUCAUGGUCCGAAAUCGUCCUGAUCUGUUCGUCGAAAGACAUGGACCAAAUCCACCCGAAUGGUUCACGACAGACCUCAUCUACCAGAAGCCUAGACCGGGGCAGUCCUACAGCAUGAAAUGCGUGACUCAGCAAUUCAUCUCGAGCGCCAAAGUUGAUAGACAUAAUGGGAAAAGAAGAAGAGCUGCUGGCUCCAGAGCCGACGAAGACGAUGAUGGAGACGGAGAUGAAAGCCGCUGGCCUCUGUCCAAGCGUCGGCACAGUUCGCAAACAACAGGGAUCUCCAAGCGCCCAGCCACCACCUCUUCACAAACGAUGCUAACCUCGUCUGUUGCUUCGUCAAGACUUCAAAGCAAGGACGUCGAAGGUCUCACGAACGGUUUCGCGAGCCCCAAUGAUGACAAGAAGGAGUUGGGAAAAUUCGUCCCUACUGGCAAAGUCAAGGUCAAGACGAGUUUCUUCUCAAAACUCGUCCUCUACAUCACGCGCGUAACUAUCGUCAACCAGCAGCUCAUCCUCGAGCGCGAUCAUUUUGGGCUUGCAAAGAAUCUCUUCGAUCAAGGAGUUUUGUCAGAAAGUCGUCUCCAGGAGCUGGUAUUUGGAAAUGGUCUGCAAGAUAAGCCUGUUUUCUUGUGGUACUUUCACAAGACUUCCAACGACAAACCCAGAGCGGUGAGGAGUCGACCCAGUGCCGAAGCCGCCAUCACUUUGCUCAUGGCACAUGCUGAAGAGUCAGGUGCAGAAGCCAUCCAAAUCUUCGAUGCUCCAGAUCGUGAUACAGCAAGUCUGAUACCUGCUCAUGAAGUCACACGUGAAAAGGACUUCCGGGAACGUGAGAGUUUUGAGCUCGAGAUCGAUGGUGAGAAUGAAGACGACGAUGCUGCCUCGGAGAGAGCUUCCAGAGUUGAUUCUGCAUAA